ACCUCCGCAACAGGCAUUCACACUCGAGCUCCCCCACUUCCCAGUCCCGGGAGACGCUCCCGUCUCCGCCCACCUCCUAGGCGGCGCGGCGCGGCGCGGGGUAGGAAGGAGGAUUAACCCCUGGGCGCCUGUCUGGGCGUUUCUCCAGGCGGCCGGGGAGGAGUUCCGCCUCUCGCUCCCGCCCCGCCGCUGGGCUCCCUGGCGCCCGCACUCGCGCUCUCGGAGUCCCUCUCCCGCCCAGGCCCCUGCUGGCUGCGCUCCCUCGGUCCGGCACGGCACGCGGGCGGCCCGCCAGGAUGCAGGCCGCGCACAAGGAGCACCUGUACAAGCUGCUGGUGAUCGGCGACCUGGGCGUGGGCAAGACCAGCAUCAUCAAGCGCUAUGUGCACCAGAACUUCUCCUCGCACUACCGGGCCACCAUCGGCGUGGACUUCGCGCUCAAGGUGCUCCACUGGGACCCUGAGACAGUAGUGCGCCUGCAGCUCUGGGACAUCGCAGGUCAAGAAAGAUUUGGAAAUAUGACAAGGGUCUAUUACAGAGAAGCUAUGGGCGCAUUUAUUGUCUUCGAUGUCACCAGGCCAGCUACAUUUGAAGCAGUGACAAAGUGGAAAAAUGAUUUGGACUCAAAGUUAAGUCUUCCUAAUGGCAAACCAGUUUCAGUGGUUUUGUUGGCCAACAAAUGUGACCAGGGGAAGGAUGUGCUCACGAACAAUGGCCUCAAGAUGGACCAGUUCUGCAAGGAGCAUGGUUUCGUAGGAUGGUUUGAAACAUCAGCCAAGGAGAAUAUAAACAUUGAUGAAGCCUCCAGAUGCCUGGUGAAACAUAUACUUGCAAACGAGUGUGACCUGAUGGAGUCCAUUGAGCCGGACGUCGUGAAGCCCCAUCUCACAUCACCCAAGAUUGUCAGCUGCUCCAGCUGUGCCAAAUCCUAGUAGGCUUCUUUGCUGGCAUAUGCUGGCAAGCCAAAGAUCUAUGCCUGUAUAUUUCCUAUAAGAGAGAAAAAUAGCAAAUGUUCUUUUCAUGUUUUUCCCAGCAUCAGCACAGUGUUUACCAGCUUGUUAAAUAUUUAGUCUGUUACAAAAUUCUGUCUUGUAGCCGACCACAGUUCUGGAGGGCCACAGUUCUGGAGGGCCAGCGUCUGCCCUGUUAUUUUCUUCUUGGAUUCGGCCACGGCCUCUAGUCUUAAAGAGAAAGGGGAGAAGAGCAGACUAGCUGUCAAGUUCAGCCCUGGCUUUCACUUUGCCCCUGGUGCCUUUGUCCAGAUUUCAAUACACUUUCUGCUGGGCUGACAGGCCUAUUAAGUAGAAAUGUUUUUUUCUCCAGAGAUGACCUCCAUUUCCAACAGCCCUGAGUUGUCUCUGAUUUAGCCCUUCAGAGUCGAGUACACAGGCUUCCUGUGCUUUUCUUGCUUUUAUUGUCCCUUGCCAUGCCCUGAAUGUUGGUUUAAGUGAAAACUGUACGAAAAGACUUGCCUCCAUAUGUGCCUUUCUGUUCACUUUCUCUGACUUAAGCCGUGGGGCUCUUCUGUUCAUGUAAUAUAUAUUAUAUAUAUUUUCACAAGUGGAAAAUAAAACAUUACAAGAUGCUGUUUCCCUA